CAGUCACCGCGCAGAGCGUCGCAGCCUUGCGCCACAGUGCGCUGCGAAAACGCCGAGCGCGGAGCGCGGGCUCCUUCCGCCAGGGCGGGUGCGACGCGGCGGCAAGGUCCUUGGGCUUGGAGGCCUGAUGUGCCCCGGCAUUAAAGUGCGUUGAUCCGAGCUCAGCUGAAGCCUCUUGGAAAGGGCAAGACGGCGGCGACGAGAUGCAGGCAGGGGAGCCGUGCGCCCCUGGUGCCCAGGGAAACCAGCGCGCACCCAGACCCAAGCCGCGCCUGUCCAGCCAGCUGCUGCCCGAGUUCUAUACCUUCGUGGCGCGCGUGCUGUUCUACCUGGCGCCAGUCUACCUAGCCGGCUACCUGGGGCUCAGCAUAACCUGGCUGCUGCUCGGUGCCCUACUGUGGAUGUGGUGGCGCAGGAACCGCCGCGGGAAGCUCGGCCGCCUGGAGGCCGCCUUCGAAUUCCUAGACAACGAACGCCAGUUUAUCAGCCGCGAGCUGCGGGGCCAGCACCUGCCGGCCUGGAUCCACUUUCCGGACGUGGAGCGGGUCGAGUGGGCCAACAAGAUCAUCUCCCAGACAUGGCCCUACCUGAGCAUGAUCAUGGAAAACAAGGUCCGGGAGAAACUUGAGCCUAAGAUACGGGAGAAGAGCUCCCACCUGAGGACCUUUGCCUUCACCAAGCUCUACUUUGGUCAGAAGUGCCCCAGGAUCAACGGUGUCAAGGCACACACUGACAAGCACAACCGGAGACGGGUGGUGCUGGACCUGCAGAUAUGCUACAUCGGGGACUGUGAGAUCAGCGUGGAGCUGCAGAAGGUGCAGGCUGGUGUGAACGGGAUCCAGCUACAGGGCACACUUCGGAUCAUCCUGGAGCCCCUCCUGGUGGACAAGCCCUUUGUGGGAGCCGUGACCAUGUUCUUCCUUCAAAAGCCACACCUGCAGAUCAACUGGACAGGCCUGACCAACCUGCUGGAUGCACCAGGCAUCAGCGAUGCAUCAGACGGCCUGCUGGAGGACCUCAUCGCCACCUACCUGGUGCUGCCCAACCGUGUGACUGUGCCGGUGAAGAAGGGGCUGGACGUGACCAGCCUGCGCUUCCCUCUGCCCUGUGGAGUCAUCAGAGUCCACUUGCUGGAGGCAGAGAAGUUGGCCCAGAAGGACAGCUUUCUGGGGAUCCAGGGCAAGUCAGACCCCUACGCCAAGGUGAGCAUUGGCCUGCAGAAUUUCCGGAGCAGGACCGUCUCCAAGAACCUGAACCCCACCUGGAAUGAGGUGUUUGAGUUCAUAGUGUAUGAAGUCCCUGGGCAGGACCUGGAGGUGGACCUGUAUGACGAGGACCCUGACAAGGAUGACUUCCUGGGCAGCCUGCAGAUCUGCCUCGGGGAUGUCAUGACGAACAGAGCGGUGGAUGAGUGGUUUGUCCUGAAUGACACAACCAGUGGGCGGCUGCACCUGCGCCUGGAGUGGCUUUCACUAAUCACUGACCCGGACGCUGUGGCUGAGGACCAGAGCGGCCCUUCCACUGCCAUCCUUGUGGUCUUCUUAGAGAGUGCCUGCAACCUGCCGACAAACGCUUUUGACUACCUGAAUGGCGAAUAUCGAGCCAAAAAGCUCUCCAGAUUUACCAAGAAUAAAGUCAGCAGAGAUCCUUCUUCCUAUGUCAAGGUGUCCGUAGGCAAGAAGACACACAUGAGCAAGACCUGUCCCCACAGCAAGGACCCCGUGUGGAGCCAGGUGUUCUCCUUCUUUGUGCAGGAUGUGGCGGCUGAACAGCUACAUCUGGAGGUGCUGGAUGAUGACCAGGAGUGUGCGUUGGGAGUCCUGGAGUUGCCCCUGCGCCAGAUGCUCCCCUGCACAGAUCUCACCCUGGAGCAGCGCUUUCGGCUGGACCACUCAGGCCUGGACAGCCUCAUCUCCAUGAGGCUGGUGCUCCGGUUCCUGCGUGUAGAAGAACGAGAGAUGGGGAGCCCAUACACAGGACCUGAAGCCCUAAAGAAAGGUCCUUUGUUCAUUAAGAAGGUGGACAUCAACCAGGGCUCCAAGGCCCCACACCAGGGAGAGGGUCCUACUGAUUUUCCAGGCCCUCCACCCCCUGCUUCUGAUACUAAGGACGCCUCCAGGAGUGCCACGACAGCCACCAAUGCCACCACUGUUGCCACUAAACCAACACCCCAGGAGGCAGGCCCAGAGCCCAAAGGCAAGGACAGUGCCAAACGGUUCUGUGAGCCCGUGGCGGAGAAGAGGAGUUCAUCCACCGUCUUCCUGACGGUCCCAGGCCUUCACUCUCCAGGGCCCAUCCAGUCACCCAGACCCGUGAAAUGCCCUGUGUCCCCAUUCGCAUGGCCACCCAAGAGGCUGACGCCCAGCAUGUCCUCACUCAACUCUCUGGCCUCCUCCUGCUUUGACCUGACAGAUACCAGCCUCAACAAUGAAGGCGGGGAGUUCGGGCAGCAGGGGCUGGGCCAGAUUCAGCUCACUGUGCGCUAUGUGUGUCUGCGGCGCUGCCUCAGUGUGCUCAUCAACGGCUGCAGAAACCUGAUGCCCUGUACCAGCAGUGGAGCUGAUCCCUACGUCCGUGUCUACCUGCUGCCAGACAGGAAGUGGGCAUGUCGUAAGAAGACCUCAGUGAAACGGAAGACCCUGGAGCCCCUAUUUGAUGAGACAUUUGAAUUUUUUGCUCCCAUGGAAGAAGUAAAGAAGAGGUCACUAGAUGUUGCAGUGAAAAAUAGUAGGCCACUUGGCUCACACAGAAGAAAGGAGCUAGGAAAAGUACUGAUUGACUUAUCAAAAGAAGAUCUGAUUAAGGGUUUCUCACAAUGGUAUGAGCUGACUCCAGAUGGACAGCCCAGAAAUUGAAGAUGAGCACUGUUAUCACCUGUAUAUUAAAAUGUGUACAUAUGUAUAUUCUGUAAUUUAAAUCAUAAUAGCCAUUUGAAGAUAAAUAUGUACAUUUUUGUGUGAAAUUUAACUGUAUGACUGGAUAAUAUUAGGAAGAGUAAACAUGUAAAAACAAAACUACUUUCUCUUGGUUGGAUAAUUGUUCAAAUCCAAAAAUAAAUGGGGUAUUCAUGCCUAAUGAAUUACCAGAA